AUGUACAAAGACGAAGAGUCAAGCAAAAUUAAAAGAGACAACGAACUUGUCUUGACAGACAAAACAUCGGGUGUGUCAUGGAUUUUGCCUACUCCCCUUAAGACAGAUGGAAAAGUACAAGCGCAGCCAACUACCAACACACAGUCCUUGACAGUGUUAGACAAUCGAACUAAUAAACUUUAUGAAAUUCCAAUAACAAAUAACACAAUAUCUGCCCUUAAAUUUAAGGAAAUACGAGCCGAUCCACUACCAGGUUCCCGUGAAGAAGAUGAAAGCGGAAAAGGAUUAAAAGUGUUUGAUCCAGCAUACCAAAACACUGCUGUCUGCUAUUCCAAGAUUACAUACAUUAAUGGUGACACUGGAGCUCUACGUUACCGCGGUUACCCGAUCGAGCAACUGGCUGAGAAAUCUACAUACCUUGAAGUUGCAUAUCUUCUUAUUUAUGGCGAACUUCCAUCCAAACAACAAUACGCAUAUUUCUCUCAUGAAAUUAUGCAUCAUACAUUUGUACAUUUUAACGUAUCUGAAUUAAUGCGCAAAUUCAAUUAUGACGCUCACCCAAUGGGAAUGUUUAUCAGCGGUAUUUCUGCAAUGAGUACUUUUCAUCCGGAUGCUAACCCGGCUUUAGCUGGAUCUGAUCUAUAUAUUCGUGAUGAAAGAAUUAGGAACAAACAAAUAUAUAGACUUUUGGGUAAAACACCAACAUUGGCCGCCAUUGCAUAUCGCCAUCGUAUUGGUCG